AUGUACCAUCUGCCAUUUAAAUCGAACGAAACGAUAUAACCCGCCGGUAAACCUAAAACGCGAGAGGAGUAAUAACAGGAUCAAAAUGACGCACACAGUCUCUGAAAAAAUGUCUCGCUCGGCUAUAUUUACUCGCUAAAGCAACAUUCUCUCGAGCAUUAUUAGACGUUCCAAGUUCGAUGUUUGGCAAAGACACUCGGGGCGCAGUGUGACUCGCUUCUGGCAUUUCGUAACCGGCCGAAGUAGCUCGAGUUAGAGUCAGCGAUUAUAAAUGAAGCUCAUUGUGUAUGAGUUGCUAUCAAUUUAAGGAUUUAACGGUGGCCACGAUGAUCACGCGUGUAUCAUACGAUCUCUUUUCCUUCUUCUUUUAUAUCUUCCACCACCAGGCCGAUUGUAAUUUCUUUUCAAAGUGCGAUUGCCAGUAUAGGCCAAAAUUUCAAGUGCGUGCAGACGUUAAGGGUCAGUGUCGAUACACAUGCGAAAUUAAGUGGCUUGAAUUAUCCUCGGGAGGUAAUAUGGAACAUAUUCUCCCGUCAGGUAUCGACCGCGUUUUCCUUUUGCACGCGCGUCUCGCAAAAGUCGCAAAACGAUUCGAGUCCUCGCAAGUCGAUAUCUCAUCGCAAGUAUAGUUCACUGUCCA